AUGUUCGGACAACACAAUCUAUUGAUUGCAUUGGCUUGGGUCGCUGUAUUCCCGACUCUCGCCAGUACAUCAUCUGCCGUCUCAGAGAGCCCAGAGUUCCAUCGCCUCCCAUCGUUACGCGAUCAAGCCGGUCUGAGAGAUAGCUGGACCGAUGAGCGUUUAGCUGGCAUUCCAGCUUUGCUCCAGAAACAUGGCGUGGAUGCGUGGUUGAUCAGCCAGAGGGAAUACGCAGAGGACACUGCUUUCUGGUCGAUGAAGAGGGCAAUACAAUUCUCGGCCAGAAGGAGGACCCUGUCUCUAUAUGUCUCCGCCAAUUCAACAUCGAAAGACUGCCACUCGCAAACCUGGAUCGACAACACUUCCCAGGUAUACUCGGAGCUCCUAGAGAUUCUGGAAGCGUGUGAUCCGUCGAGCAUUGUCGUUAACACAGAUGCAGACAUUGCUUUCGCUUCAGGCUUACAUGCAGGUGAGUUUGAGAAGCUCAGUAGCGAGCUUGGGAAGAAGUGGAGCAAGCGCUUCGUCGACAAGCCGAUUGUAGCGGUUGAGUACAUUGCUACCAUGCCUGCGAGCCAGCUCGGUUGGUACCGCAAGCUCAUGGAGACCGCUUGGGCGAUCAUUUCUGAAGGUUUCAGCAAUGUGGCUGUGGCGCCCGGCACCACUACUACGGAGGAUCUCGAAUGGUGGUUCAGAGAGAAGAUACAGUCUCUAAACUACACGACCUGGUUUCAGCCAUCCGUCACCAUCGUCGAAGCAGGCUUCGGCUUUGCUGAACAACCACACAUUGCAGCCAAGACCAUCAGCUACGGAGACCUUCUCCACGUCGACUUCGGUGUGACGGCUCUGGGACUCAACACAGACACGCAGCAUCUAGCAUACGUCUUAGCCCCAGGCGAGACCGAGUCAGACAUCCCGCAUGGUCUCCUGGAAGGCCUCAAAACGGCCAAUCGCCUGCAAGACAUCGUUAGAGCCAACAUGAAGCCCGGGUUGACAGGCAACGGAAUUCUAGCCACUUCGCUAGCACAAGCGAAAGACAAUGGCAUCUCCGGAAAAGUCUACUGCCAUGCUAUCGGCGACUGGGGCCACUCCGCCGGCACCGUGAUUGGCAUGACGAACCUACAAGAUGGCGUGCCGGUGCUCGGAGAUCUUCCACUGCUGGAGAAUAUUUACAACAGCGUGGAGCUGUACGCGGAAAGCUGGGUGCCGGAGAGGAAUGCAACGCUAGUGUUCCCACUCGAGGAGGAUGUGUACUGGAGCGAGGAGAAGCAGAGUUGGGAGUGGGUCUAUGCGAGGCAGGAGAAAUACCAUCUCAUCAAGUCGGAGAAACAGCCUGGGUCUCUGUUCAUUGUUCAAGAGUAA